GAGAACGGACCUCCGGAACCAGGGUACUUCCAGUACGAGCGCUUGUGAGUUAACUGUGUAAUUUGUUCUAAAACUGUAAGGUCUUCACCUUUCAUGAGACUUUUCUGAUCUUUUCUGGAGCUAAUUCAAGCGCGAAAUUUCUUUAGGUCCAAAGUGCACUUCCAAGAUCUUGAAGACUGCGGUGACUGCUCUACGUUUUUUUUCCUGCUCAAAUCAGCAGACGUUAGUGCGGCAGAAACAAGUCCAAUUAUCAAUCAGACUUUUUUAACGAUGUUCGUCGAAGCUGUCGGGCUGUUCGUUUUCCUCGUUGCCGUUUAUGUGGCGUCCACAAUUUGGCAAAACCGCCAUCUUCCCCCGGGACCGUUUCCGCUUCCAGUGCUGGGAAACUUGCUAUCGAUUAGCCUAGAUCAGCCAUAUCGUGAUUUUGCGAACUUGACGCGGACGUACGGGAAGCUUUUCCGUGUGCAGAUGGGAAGCACAAAAGUGAUUGUCAUCAACAGCUACGAAAUCGCCAAAGAAGCGCUUGUGACAAAAGCAAAAGAUUUCGCUGGGCGACCUCCUCAUUUCUUUGGAGCAAUUUUUGGCCGAGAUAACACUGACAUUGCAUUUCAAACUUACUCUCCUAGAUGGAAAUUGCAACACAAAAUCGCCAUGACAGCGAUGCGCAUGACCGAAGACAAAGCUAAUAUCCCUUUCUAUAUUGAAGAGCUGAAAGAGGCGUUUUGUUCGCAGGAUGGAAAGCCAUUCAACCCUCGAGAUUCUGUUUGCAAAUCCAUAGGAGGCUGUCUUUCAUCGUGGAUUUUUGGCGAUGAUAAAUGCAAUGACUGGGAAUUAGACGCGCUAUUGCAAGCUACACACGUAUUCAAUCUCUCAAUCGGGGCAGCUAAUAUCAUAAAUACAUUUCCAGUUUUCAAGUACAUCCCUUUCCGAAGCAUCGAGAAUGCAAAGCAUUCUGCAAAAAUUCGAGAUCAAAUUUUCGUGAGGAAAUUUCAAGAACAAGUUUCUUCUUCCAAGACCAAAAAUUAUAGCUCCAUGGUUGAAGCUAUGUACAAGGAAUUCAAAGAAAUUGGCGGCGAUGGACUCACAGAAAAUAAUUUAAUUUCAAGGUAAGCGCAACUAAAGUUCUAUAGUCAGAAGAUAUUACGAGCGCGACUUAAACAAACAAAUAUAUAACUUUUGUCUGGUGUUUGAGUAAAUCACGAAUUCACCAGGCUUCCACUAUGACGUUCUUCUUAGGGCUUUGUCACGCUCCCCUUCCCUUCGUCCGUUGGGAGGAUAGCGUGACGAGCCAAGGCUACAAAUUCACCGGAAGUUGAAUACUUUUGCGAGAGCAGUGGGGACUGGGUCUGGAAACUAGCGUUCACCCAGAUUCUCGGCCGAUAGGCCACUUGCACUAAGAGAUCACGUGACCAAUCCUUCCUCUAAACAAUGAGUUGGAAUCUUGCUGAUGCCAAAAAUCGACAGAGCGCACAAAAAUUAUCUUACACCCGAAAUUUGAGAUGGAACGCAUUUAAAGGGAAAUAUUUUAUGGCAGUUUGAUUUUUCAACAAAGUAGUAUGAUUUGUAUUGGCCGCAAUGUUGGAGGGCCUACUCUUGCCCUCCAACAUGGCGGCCAAAACUACUUUUUGCUUGUAUCUUGUUAAACCUUUGAUAGUUACGCUCAGAUGUGCUGUAAACGUUACCACAUCAUCGUUUCAACAUUUUCCUCGACGCUUAAGUGCAAAAUUUGUGUUCAGAAAGAGGUAAUUCAUAAUUUUAAGAAUCACAUUUUGGUUACGUGACCAUCUACGAACUUAUUCAUUUUAAGAAAAUGAUGCAGGUUUGAAAAACCAAAUCACUAUUAUUUUGUUUAACUUUCAUUUUCAUAAAAAUGAUGUCAUAUGAACUCUUAGUGCAAAUGGCCUAUUCCCCGCUGGAUAUAGCUUGCACAACUGGCGAUUCGUUUAGCCACAGGCAUCCCAAGCUCAUUAAGCGAGCGCUAGCUAAAAAUGAAAGCAUUCGGUAACAGUAAAGAUUCGAAAAAAUUCCCCAUAUCUUAGCUUGUUGUAAAAAAAACAAAUAAAAUACACUUACUUGUCCAUGUGUAUUUCUGAGGCGAUUUCAGCGCUGGUGGUUUUGCCAUUCUGUCCACACCUGUCCUUUAUUGUCCUUAACCUUCAUUAACAGGACAAUGAGGGCUAAGACAGAAUGGCAAAACCAGCCCAAAUCGCCUCAGAAAUACACAUGGACAUAAAAUACAGCACAAGUAAUUGUAUUUACAGUUUGGUCUUCUUUCAGUUUGUUUUGGUAAUAUUCGUAAAUCAGUUUGAGCAUAAGAUGCCUGACUUAAAAGAAAAAGGGAAAAAAAGAAAUAAAAUAAAAUGAAAAGGAAAGAAAAGAACCGCGCUAAGGUCCGAAUACUUUUAAAAAGAAAGACUUAACUUACUUGCCAAUUAAAAAAUUUGAGUCGGAUAUGAAAUAAGAUAACAUUGUCCAGCGAGAUCAGUUGAAGUUCGAUUCCCUAACCGUUUCUAGCGUGUGUAGAUUUUCGGCUGCAGGCAGUAGGACGGUUUUUUUCAUUGCAAAUCCAUAUAAAUAAACUUCAGCAGCAUACACUUUCAAAAAAUUUGCAAAAACGUUUCUCAAUGCAACGUUACGCUAAUUUUCUGAUAAUAAAUGGGGUCAAAUCCAAGGGAAAUGGGACUAAGUUCGAAUUAGCGGAGAGUUCGAGAGUUACCAGGGCUCUGCCAUGUCAAGUGCAGCAAAAACUCAAGGGGUGGGUUGGGACUCGAAACACCCCCAUCCCACUUUUUGCGUGGUGGAGGUAUAACCCUUUACCUCCGAGAGUUUCAAGUUCAAAUCGUUGAUUAAGACUAUUACUCUCUUAUUUUAUUUAUUUAUUUAUUUAUUUUUUUUGGUAGCGCCUCUGACUUGUUCUCUGCCGGAACGGAGACUCCUUCAACUCAAAUUACCUGGGGUCUGUUUUAUGUCAUGAAGUACCCGGAUGCGCAGGCCAGGCUGCAUCGCGAGUUGGACAAUGUGGUUGGUGCCGAACGAUUGCCAGAGUUAUCAGACAGGCCAAACUUGCCUUAUUUGGACGCGUUCUUAAAUGAGAUGGUACGCAUUGUAAGCGAGACCCCUCUGGCGAUUCCACACUUGACCAUGCGGGACACGUCCCUUGCAGGCUUUUAUAUCCCGCGGGAUACGUCCGUGAUUGUUAAUCUCUGGGCUAUUCAUCACGACCUCGAAUACUGGAAAGAUCCGUUCACUUUUCGGCCUGAUCGUUUCUUGGACAAGGAAGGACGGCUUGGUGUACAUGGAAUUUUACCUUUCUCAGCCGGUAUACGCACGUGCCCUGGAGAAAGGUUUGGCAGAAAAGCAGUUUUCUUGUGUCUUUCACGAUUGCUUCACAGGUUUAAGUUUGAAUGUCCAGAAGGUGAAGAAUUACCUGCCGAAGAAGAUAGUGAUCUUGGAAUUCUGCGUAAUUGUAAACCGUUUAAAAUCCGUGCUAUUACAAGAAAUUAAAAGGAAUA